AUGAAAUUCUUCGGCUCGACUGUUUCUUCGCUGUUCGUCAACAUCAACGGGGACCUGACGUUGGACCAAGAGUACGGCGCAUAUACUUCACUGCCAUUUCCGAUACAAGUUGGCGGCAUCAAGAUCUUUGCUGCUUUUUGGGCGGACGUGGACACCAAUUCCGAUCCGAUAGCCGACUCGGAUCCGGCCACCAGCUACGUCUGCUACCGCAGCACGGCUGACGCCGCUGACGUCAGCAAGUUCCAAGGAGACAUUGCAAUCGCGUUUCCGUCGGUCACCUUCAAUCCCGCCGCGGUUUUCAUCGCCUUUUGGCACAACGUGGGCUACUACCCUGCACAGUACAACAAGCGCAACACGUUUCAGGCGGUGAUUGGUUACACCGCCGGCAACACGUUCGUGUGUUACUACUACACGGAACUCACCUGGACCACAGGGCAGGCAAGCGGCGGCACCGAUGGCCUGGGGGGAUACCCCGCGCAGGUCGGCUUUGAUGCCGGGGAUGGGGUCAAUUACUUCUCUCAGCCAGGUAGCCAGACGGCUGCCGUCCUCAACUUCGUAAGGGAGAGCAACAUGGGCGUGCCUGGCAAGUUUUGCUACCAGGUUGCGGUGGCCAUCCAAAACCCGACCGGGGUUUACGCCGGCGGACCGUACUCGGUGCAGAGCGGAUCGUCCAUCACCCUAACUGGGGAGGCGUCCAACGACGGUUCCCUCUGCGGGCCUCUGACGUUUUCCUGGGACACGAAUGCCAAUCCGCCGGCGUUCAACGUCGACCUGACGGGGCCCUCGCCGACGUUUGUGGCGAAUGUUCCGGCUUCCUUCCGAUACGUUGUGCUGCGGGUGACCGACAACUGCGGCGCGACGUCCGUGGACACUUACAUCAACGUCACGGGUGAGAGCGGGCUUGGGUGA